AAGACAAGGAUCUCUGUGAUCAUGGCAACUCUACAAGCCCAAAACCUCUUCUUUUCAUCAUCCUCUUCCUCCCCUUCGGGUCACCGGAAACUACGUGCCAGUCUCCAUGUUCCUGCCAAUCUGAGAACCAAGGGCGUCUCUCUACCGAAGCUAAAUUUGGGAGGGCUGAGCCUGAGACAAGAUGACACAGCCACCAGCUUCACUCAACCUCCUCGGCCAACGACAGCUUCCGAGGACGAGCACUUGGUCUCCAAGAUUCACGCGAUUCUCGACGCCGUCGCCGAUAGAGCGGAGAUGCAUGCCAUCAUCGGAGCUCAAAGGAACGACUGGAACCACCUCUUCACCAACUCCAUCAACGCCAUCUCUCUCACUGCCUCGCUGAUGGCCGGCAUCUCGUCCAUCCCGGUGGGCGAAGCGGCACCGCACUUGCUGGCCUUCAAGCUGUCGUCCGUGAUCUUGUUCACCGCGGCGACGGGGAUGAUGCUGAUCACAAGCAAGAUCCAGCCUUCUCAGCUGGCAGAAGAGCAAAGAAACGCGACCCGCUUGUGGAAGCAGCUCGGGAGAUCGAUCGAGACGACUCUCGUCCUCCGAGCCCCGACCCAGCGAGACGUCGAUGAGGUCAUGGAGAAGGUGCUCGCACUCGACAAGGCUUAUCCGCUUCCCCUACUCCCGGGGAUGCUCGAGAAGUUCCCCGAGAUCGUGGAGCCUACUCGUUGGUGGCCUAAAAGUCAACCAAAGCAAUCACCGCAGGCAGGAAGCAAUGGUUGGAGCCACGAACUGGAAGAGGAGAUGAGAGGGAUCCUUAGAGUACUGAAAGCUAAAGAUGAGCAGCAGUACAUUACACUGGGGAAGUUGGUGCUCAACAUGAACAAGACCUUAGCCAUCUCAGGGCCUCUUCUCGCCGGCCUGGCUGCAAUAAGCUCCGGUUUGAUAGGCGCACCGGCUCUCGGUCCGAUGCCGGCAUUUCUCGGUGUCAUCGGAGGCGUGCUGGCCACCGCAGUGCACACCUUGGAGCACGGUGGACAGGUCGGGAUGGUGUUCGAGCUGUUCCGCAACUGCGCUGGGUACUACCGGCGGUUGCAAGAGGAGAUCGAAUCCAACUUGGGGGAGACGGAUGUGCAGAAGAGGGAGAACGGAGAGUUAUUUGAGAUGAAGGCGGCUUUGCAGCUUGGAAGAAGCCUUUCUGAUCUCAAAGGCCUCGCGACGUAUGCUUCUCCUUCGUGUGAAGAUGAAGACAUGAAGGAGUUCGCCGGGAAGCUCUUUUGAUGGCACUAACCGACUGUUCAUAUCUUAUAGAAUCAGUAGAGUGUAUAAACCUACUAACUAUUCUUUUGUGGAUUACAUCAACGACAAAAAGAGAUUAUUUUUUUCAUUUA